AUGCAUGGAGCCUGGGUGCUGCUGCUGCUGCUGGGCCUCAGGCUACAGCUCUCCCUUAGUGCCAUUCCAGUGGAGGAGAAGAACCCAGCCUUCUGGAACCAAAAGGCAGCCGAGGCCCUGGAUGUUGCCAAAAAGCUGAAGCCCAUUCAGACGUCAGCCAAGAACCUCAUCCUCUUCCUGGGGGACGGGAUGGGGGUGCCCACAGUGACAGCCACCAGGAUCCUAAAGGGACAGUUGGAAGGCCAUCUAGGACCCGAGACACCCCUAGCCAUGGACCGUUUCCCAUACAUGGCUCUGUCCAAGAUAUACAACGUGGACAGACAGGUCCCAGACAGUGCAGGCACAGGCACUGCCUUUCUCUGCGGGGUCAAAGCCAACUACAAGACCAUUGGCGUGAGCGCAGCAGCACGAUUCAACCAGUGCAACACCACGUUCGGCAAUGAGGUCAUCUCAGUGAUGUACCGUGCCAAGCAAGCAGGAAAGUCUGUGGGAGUGGUGACCACCACGUCGGUGCAGCACGCCUCUCCAGCGGGCACCUACGCACACUCGGUGAACCGUGACUGGUACUCGGAUGCAGAAAUGUCUGCUUCGGCACUGCAGGAGGGCUGCAAGGACAUCUCUGUACAGCUCAUCUCCAACAUGGACAUUGAUGUAAUCCUUGGUGGGGGCCGAAAGUUUAUGUUUCCCAAGGGGACACCAGACCCUGAGUAUCCAGACGACAGAGCUAAGUCUGGAAGCAGACUGGAUGGACAGAAUCUGGUCCAGAAGUGGUUGACGGAGCACAAGGGGGCCCGGUAUGUUUGGAACCACACGGAGCUCAUUCAGGCAUCCCAGGACCCGGCAGUGACACACCUCAUGGGUCUCUUUGAGCCUGAACACAUGAAAUAUGGCAUCUACCAAGACCCUACCCAGGACCCCUCCCUGGUGGAGAUGACAGAGGUGGCCGUGCGCAUGCUGAGCAAGAACCCCCGAGGCUUCUACCUCUUUGUGGAAGGGGGCCGCAUCGAUCAUGGCCACCAUGAAGGCAGAGCCUACCGUGCACUGACGGAGGCUGUCGUGUUUGACUCGGCCAUUGAGAAGGCGGACCAGCUCACCAGCGAGCAGGACACGAUGAUCCUCGUUACCGCUGACCACUCCCACGUCUUCUCUUUUGGUGGCUACGUACCUCGAGGGAACGCUAUCUUUGGGCUGGGGGCCUCCUUCAAUGCUCUGGAUGGCAAAGCCUUUACCUCCAUCCUGUAUGGCAACGGCCCUGGCUAUAAACUACAGAAUGGUGCCCGGGCAGAUGUCACUGACGAAGAGAGCCGUGACCCCAAGUACCGGCAGCAGGCGGCUGUACCCCUGUCCUCGGAGACCCACGGCGGGGAGGAUGUGGCUGUAUUCGCACGUGGUCCACAGGCACACCUGGUGCACGGAGUGCAGGAGCAGAAUUACAUUGCGCAUGUCAUGGCCUUUGCAGGCUGCCUGGAGCCCUACACCGACUGCGGCCUGGCGCCCCCUGCUGGUCGGAACGGUGCUGCGAGUCCCAGCACCCUUAUGUUCCUGUUGGCAGCUACAGUGCUGGUGGCGGCAGCUGAACUCUGAUUACCUGAGCUGACUGGGCUCUGCACCAGUGCCCCACAGCUGGCUCCAGUGACCACGCUAAUAUUCCCCUCUGGAACUUCUGUCCCUCGAGUUCCCUGAGCCUUGGCUUCAGGUCUCUAAUCUCAGACAGCUCUAACUCAGGUCGCCAACCCAACCACUCCACCAUGGACUCCCACAGACCUCACUCAGAGUGUACCAGCCUCAGAACUGCAGCACUUCCUCCCAGAGCACCGCAGCCUAACAGGAUGCCCACCCCGGGCCAGCUCUUCCUGGUGUUUGUCACUGAUCUCAGCGCCCAGAAAAUGUGAUGUCACACACCCAGCCUGUGCCUGAGAAGAAGGACCAUGUAGGCCCUUGAUGUCCCCACAGGGCAAGGACUGAGCAGGAAUGUGCUGGCCUUUCCUGGCUUCAGUGUCCACAGCUCAUCUAGCAGACCCUGGAGAGGCUGACGUAACCAAGAUAACCAGUGCCUCUUUGAAGGUUCUCAACUGCCACCACUAGGCCUCGAAAUCAUGAUCCUCCUGCCUCA